AUGUCAUUGGUACGAUGGUGUGUCAAUCAUGUACCAUCACCUCCACCUAACUAUCAAUUUUCAUUACGACAAAAACUUGAACAAUAUAAAUUUUUUCGAAUGGAAUCAGAACGAUUUGUAUCACGAUAUCUCGAUCUCUACAAUGCAGCUAUUGUUAUUGCUUGUAAAUCAUUCUUCUUUAUCAUUUAUUUCUAUGCUCAUUCUAUUCAUCUGAUUAGUACAUGAAAAUGCUUCUGAUGCAAUGCG